AUGAAGGAAUUCGAAUACAAUGUCCUUGCAAGCCGAGUCAUUUUUGGCUCCGGCUCCGUCAAGAAGCUCCCAGCUGAGAUGGAACGUCUCCAUGUUUCUCGACCACUUCUCCUCUCUACGCCCGGGAAGAGCAACUUCACAAAUCAGCUGUCUGACAUCAUCCAAGCCGCCUCCAUUCCCAUGGCCGGCACUUUCCCCCACGCAAAAGCACACACGCCGACCUCUGUAACCGAAGAAGCAACCGCCUUUCUCGACUCAGUCGCCGCCGACUGCGUAGUCUCAAUUGGCGGCGGCUCAGUGAUCGGCCUGGGUAAAGCCGUCUCCAUUCGCACAGGAGUACCUCAUAUCAGCAUACCCACGACGUACUCAGGCUCGGAAAUGACGCCCAUCCUCGGCGAAACGCAUAAUGGCAACAAGACCACGCGAUCGGAUCCCAAAAUUCUACCCGCAGUCGUCAUAUACGACGCAGACUUUACAAUGACGCUGCCGCCCGCAAUCUGCAGUACUUCUGGAAUCAACGCGAUUGCCCAUGCCAUAGAGGCGCUCUAUGCAAAGAAUGCCAACCCCAUCACUUCCAUGCUUGCGCUUGAGGGCAUAAAGGCACUGGCAGAGGCGUUGCCGCAGAUUGUUCACAACCCAGGGUCCAAAGCUCCAAGAGAGGAGGCUCUCUACGGCGCUUGGCUUUGCGGUACUGUCCUGGGGAGCUCAUCUAUGGGACUUCAUCAUAAGCUCUGCCAUGUGCUCGGGGGGUCGUUUGCACUUUCCCAUGCAGAGACACACACCAUCGUGCUGCCGCAUGCGUUGUCUUAUAAUGCACCUGCCAUCCCCGAGCAGAUGGCCAAGUUGGCCUCUGUCUUUCCUGGAAGCAAUGGAGACGCUCUACACGGUCUGGAGCUGUUACUCCAAGAAUUGAGGGUGCCACGGGCACUGAAGGACUUGGGAAUGGAGGAGGGCGAUGUUGAUAAAGCGACCGAAAUUGCUACGGGUAAUCAAUACCCGAACCCGCGUCCAUUGGAGAAGGAGUGGAUUCACGAACUGCUUCGACGAGCUUGGGCUGGAGAAACUGCAAAGGCAGAUUUAUGCAAUAAAUGA